GGGAGGGGUUUGCUUCUGAUGGGGUGGGGAGGGAGCAGGAGGGGCUGCAGAUGUGCAACCGCUGGGAAAAAACCGUGCAGGCGGAUCCCGGGAAGGUGGACUUAGAAGAAUGGCCUCCUUUUGCCAGGUGAGAGAGGUACAGAACCCCGGGCAAGACAACAGGAAGAAAUACAAGGGCACAGUCACAGGAGGCAAAAGGGAGAGGCUUCUCGUCAUAGCCAAGUGGAUGCAGGAUAUCUUUUCCCAGUCUGAGGUGACCCAAGUGAAAAAGAAGGAGAUGGAAGAAGAGGACCCAGGAGGACCUGGGACUGGCAAGACAGCAAGCAAAGGCCUCCAUCCCAUCCCAGCUGGGAGUGGCAUUGACUUCUGGGAAGGAGCUGGGCCAGAGAUCCUGGCUCAGGACACCAUAACCUCAGAUGUCAAUUGCCAACGCUUCCGGCUGUUCUGCUACCAUGAGGCCGAUGGGCCCCGAGAGGUUUGCAGCCAGCUCCAUGGACUUUGCAACCAGUGGCUGAAGCCGGAGAGGCACACCAAGAAGGAGAUCCUGGACCUGGUGAUCCUGGAGCAGUUCCUGACUCUCCUGCCCCAGGAAAUGCAGAGCUGGGUCAGAGGAUGUGGGCCAGAGACCAGUCCCCAGGCAGUGACCUUGGCAGAAGAUUUCCUCCUGAGUCAGGCAGAAGAGAAGAGGCAGGCAGAACAGAUUGCUGUCUGUCUCUCUCUGUCCCCCCCGGGAGAAGCCUCUCUUCAUAUCCAAGUGAAUACUGGAAUCUUUUCACAGUCUGAGUGGACUGAAGAGAAGGGGCAGGAGAUGGAAGAAGAGGACCCAGGAGGACGCGGGACCAGUAAGACAGCAAACAAAGGCCCUCAUCCUCUCCAAGCUGAGAGUGCUGUUGACUCCUGGGAAAGAGCUGGGCCAGACAGCCUGGCUCAGGACACCAUAACCUCUGAUGCUGAUUGCCAACGCUUCCGGCUUUUCCACUACCAUGAAGCCAAUGGGCCCCAAGAGGUUUUCAGCCAGCUCCAUGGACUUUGCAACCAGUGGCUGAAGCCGGAGAGGCACACAAAGAAGCAGAUGGUGGACCUGGUGAUCCUGGAGCAGUUCCUGACUCUCCUGCCCCAGGAAAUGCAGAGCUGGGUCAGAGGAUGUGGGCCGGAGAGCAGUUCCCAGGCGGUGGCCUUGGCAGAAGGUUUCCUCCUGAGUGAAGCAGAGGAGAAGAGGCAGGCAGAACAGAUAUUGGGACCAUCUGGGAGGACAGAAGCUACAACCCCUGAAGCAGAAAGAACUCCUUCUGAGGAACAGCAGAGGACACAGGAUCUGGAGCAUGCCCAAGAUGCCCUCUCCUGUGGAAGCGAAGAGAUGCUGUUGAGCCGCCAUCUUUUCAUAGGUGUGGAGACGGCUGAUGUCCCUCCCAUCCAGUGUCCCUUUUCCUUUGAGGAGGUGUCCAUCUAUUUCACGGAGGCAGAAUGGGCCCUGCUGGAUCUGGGACAAAGAGCUCUAUACGUGGACGUCAUACUGGAGAUCUAUGGGAAUGUGGCCUUUCUGGAAGCCAGAGGUACAAGAGAGACUACGGUGGAGACAGAAAAUGCUCUUGCAUCCAAAGAAAUAUUGGAGAGUUCCUCAAGAGGUUCCCAAGAGCAUAUUUCCUUCCCAAACGAGCCGGCUGAGACAGAGGAUGAACAGAGGAACGAGGAGGGUGAGGAACUUGAUCAACAAAUGUCAAAUAGAGUUAAAAAUGAAGACUUGAAAGAAAACAUCCGAAGUGAAGGCAUAUCUAAGAGAAACACAAGCAGUCAUAUGGUUGAGAAGCAGGAUGAAAGAAAGGAUAACGUACAUUUUCAAAAGCACACAAUCAUGAAGAGAAGUACAUUCAGUCUGUCUGGAAAGUACUUCAGAAAUAGAUCACAGCUCCUUCUGCACCAAAGAACCCACACAGGGAUGAAACCUUUUGAAUGCUCAGAGUGUGGAAUGAGAUUCAGUUUGAGUAGUAGUCUUCAACAGCAUCAGAGGACUCACACAGGGGAGAAACCUUUUGAGUGCCCAGAGUGUGGAAAGAAAUUCAGUCAGAGUGGAUCUCUUCAACGGCACCGAAGAACCCACACAGGGGAGAAACCUUUUGAAUGUUCAGAGUGUGGCAAGAGAUUCAGUCAGCAUCGUUAUCUUCAAUACCAUUUGACUGCCCACACAGGGGAGAAACCUUUUGAAUGCUCAGAGUGUGGUAAGACAUUUAAUCAGAGUAGUGAUCUUCAAAAGCAUCUGACAUCUCACACAGGGGAGAAACCAUUUGAAUGCCCAGAGUGUGGGAAAAGAUUCAGUCGGAAUGACACUCUUCAAUUGCACCGAAGAAACCACACAGGGGAGAAACCUUUUGAAUGCUCAGAGUGUGGAAAGAGAUUCAAUCAAUGUGAAGCUCUUCAAAAUCAUCUGAGAACUCACACAGGGGAAAAACCCUUUGAAUGCUCAUACUGUGAAAAGAGAUUCAGUCGCAGUAGCAUUCUGCAACAGCAUCAGAGAACCCACACAGGGGAGAAAGCUUUUGAAUGCUCUGAGUGUGGAAAGAGAUUCAGUCGCAGUAGCACUCUGCAACAGCAUCAGAGAACCCACACAAGGGAGAAACCUUUUGAAUGCCCCGAGUGUGGGAAGAGAUUCAGUCAGAGUUACAAUCUGCAACUGCACCAAAGUACCCACACAGGGGAGAAAGUUUUUGAAUGCUCAGAGUGUGGAAAGAGAUUCAAUCGGAGUGACACUCUUCAACAGCAUCAGAGAACCCACACAGGGGAGAAACCAUUUGAAUGCUCAGAGUGUGGAAGGAGAUUCCGUUUGAGUGGUGUUCUUCAAAAGCAUUUGACAACCCACACAGGGGAGAAACCUUUUGAGUGCUCAGACUGUGGAAAGCGAUUCAAUCGGAGUGACACUCUUCAACAGCAUCAGAUAACCCACACAGGGGAGAAACCUUUUGAAUGCUCAGAGUGUGGAAAGAGAUUCAGUCAGAGGGGCUAUCUGCAACAGCAUCAGAGAACCCACACAAGAGAGACACCUUUUGAAUGCUUAGAAUGGAGAAAGAAAUUAACUUGGAGUUGCGAUCUUCAAGAGCACCAGAUAACCCACACAGGGGAGAAGCAUUUUGAAUGUUCAGUGUGUGGAAAGAGAUUCAGUCGCAAGGGCCAUCUUCAACAGCAUCAGAUAGCCCACACAGGGGAGAAACCUUUUGAGUGUUCAGAGUGUGGAAAGAGAUUCAGUCGCAGGGGCGAUCUUCAACAGCAUCAGAUAAUCCACACAGGGGAAAAACCUUUUGAAUGCUCAGAAUGUGGAAAGAAAUUCAGUCGCAGUAAUAAUCUGCAACGGCAUCAGAUAACCCACACAGGAGAGAAACCUUUUGAAUGCUCUGAGUGUGGGAAGAGAUUCAGUAUCAGGGGUGAACUUCGACAGCAUCAGAGAACUCACACAGGGGAGAAACCUUUUGAGUGCUCAGAGUGCGGAAAGAGAUUCAGACAGAAUCGCUCUCUUCGAAAGCAUUUAAGAACUCACAUGAGUAAUGUUCCUGGAUCAUUUACAAGUGAAUGUCAAUACCAUAAAACUCUUAAUGUAAUAGCAGAUUGGAAUUUAUAUACCAACAUUUCAGUACAAACCUUUCUCUGAAUGUGCCGAUAGUUAUGGCUAGCUUAUUAAGAAGUACAGACAUACAGUAGUCUUUCACUGAAUGAUGCUACACUUCUAUAUGUUCUUCACUUGUUUAUAUAUACUAUGAAUUCUUGAACACAUCAAUAAACUUAAUUCGAAGCUGAGGGAAAAAA